AUGUUCAACCUGCGGCACUGCAUAUUCGGCAAUCCUCUCUGGACACCAUGGAGAAAACAUACCUUGCGUAUUCAAGAAUACCUCGCAAUUGUAAACAUCCAUCUUGCUAAGGUCAGACAGCCUGCAUCGGCAGAGCUCAUGUUGCAUAUUCGGAGCGCAGUUUCGCCUGCAAUUCAGCCUGCGGAUUAUUUCAUGGAACAGAAAAUACUCCCCAUACCUGUCGACAACACAAGCAUGCAGUUGUCUGCACCUCUGGACGUCAAACAGACUGCUCUAACCUUAUUCUUCAGCCGUUGCAGUCGGGAGCAGCAUCAACAACACUUACGUGAAGAGGCAGACCAUAAGCACAAGCACAGGGAGGAGUUAGCACACCGGAGAAUGGCACAGGCGAUCAAGAAAGUUGAGCGACAGAGGGAGCUUGCUCGAGCCCGGAAGCAAAAGAGUAGGGUAAAGCAGAAGCUGAAGGAGAUUGCAGAGGGAGUCAGGGAUGCUGAUGGCAAGCUGAAGAAGUUAGCCUGCCCUGAUGUGGUCAAGUCCAUUGUCAGCGAGCUAUCUGCAUUACAAAAGAAAGGCAUCCCUGUUAGCUUACUUACCGCCCAUGCUAUCAUGGUUGCUCAUAUCAAGAAUGCUGCACCAGAGCUCCUCACGGCUCCGGUUCGCAAAGGGGUCACCUUCAAGUGUAGCGACCAUUUCAUGCGGACAUUUCUCAAGAAGGAGAUGGACUGGGGCCCUAGGAAACCAACUCGAUCAGCACAAAAGAUACCAGCAGAUGCUAUGCAACAGUGUCUGGUUUCAUUCGCACGGCAGGCACGAAAGAUUCGUGACUAUGGUAUCCCUUCAGCAUGCCAUGUCAAUAUUGACCAGACAAAUGUUCAGCUCUUAAUGUCUAUGAGAAAGACAUUCAAGAAGAUCAGGAGCAAUCAGGUUGCAUCCGUGGGGAAUGACGAGAACUAUGUUGACAAUAUCCUUGUGCUGUAUUUCAUGCGGCAAAAGGAAAGUCUACACCUCCCGGAUGACCAGCCAUGCGACACGGGGAUCCAACAGCCUCUGAAGCACGUAAUCCGACAGGCGCAACAUGCAGAUCUGGUUGCGGAGGCACUGGACCAAAUAAAGAACAAGCCGGGAGGUAGUGACCCACAGAUGAAAGUCGACAUGACACUGGGAACACUUCGUGAUCGAAGUGUCGGAUGGCUUGUAGAUGCAUAUCGUGCAGUUAACAAGCCGGAGAUUGUUAAGAAGGCUUUCGAACUCUGCCAGAUUGAAGACAAGCCAUAUAAUCUUUCGCACCAGAGCCUGACCAGCCAUGCAGCGCUCCAGUUGCUUCGAAAUAUCGAGCAGAAUGAACCUGAUGUAUGGCAGCUGGUGUGUGGAUAUGGAAGUGAAGCUCAGCAUGCUGCCGGGGCCAACGCUGACGAACCUCUUUUCAUGGAUGAGAUGGACGAGCUAAUUGAUGAUGCAUCCAUUCCUUUCAGCAAAGUUGUCGACCACAUUCACGCUGGGAGCAAGAUGGCGCUGUUUGGGUACAUACUAAACAUGGACGGCAGCCUUUCAGCUUGCGCUGCGAUCGAGCAGCUCAAUCAUGAUGGUUUGCAGUUCACAGCCCCUCGGGAUCUCGAAAUAGUUGGAGAUCAACUCCAAAAGAGGUGCAAAAUGGCCUAA